AUGGCAAAGUAUGACCCACUGUGGCACAGUAUAUCCUUUAUGGAUGAAUGUAAAACUUCGAUUCUCUUAGGAACGCUGCCUCUUGUGUCUGAUGGUGAAGUGGACCGGGUGGUUUGUCAAAGUGGUAUUUCUGGCUGUUGUGAGACUUCACUUACCAUAAAACUUCGUAAUUGCGGGACAUUUUAUGUUUACUUUCUUAGAAAACCGUCAGGAUGUCCUGUUUCUUACUGUUUCGGUACACAGCCUAUAAACUCAACAGAUGUAACAACUUCUAGUUUACAAACAACAGAUGUAACAACUUCUAGUUUACAAACAACAGAUGAAACAACUAUACAUACAACAGAUGCCUAUAAUACUGAUUCUACACCAUCGACAACAAAACCAAACGAGUCAUCCAAAAGCAUUUUAAAUGAUGUUCAUUCUGAUAUUAUAGAUGUAGAGAUUAUCGGUAUCGUACUUGGAGUUGUGUUUGGAGUCCUCCUCCCUGGCAUCAUUAUAGUGUUAUACAGUAGUCAUCAAAAAAAGAAGUCGAGGGUUUGGCCAUCCGACGGUUAUCAGCUAAAUGAUGUAGAAAACCAAUUGUCACUAAACACAACAUCUGAGAUUCAAAAUCCAGAUUUGGAACAAACUCCAGCAUGGGAAGAUUCCACUAAAUCUGAAAUUGUAAAUCCAGAUGCAGAACAACAUCCGGAUAGAGGGGAUUCCAUAACAUCUGAAAAUCCGGAUUUGGUACAAAAUAAGGAUAGAGAGGAAACAGUGUUGUCCAUAAAGGGUGUUUCCCCUAGCCUAUUUCCUACCAUAAAACCUAGUAGAAAACGAAUUCGGAACUAA